AAAAUGGAAAUGUGGAACACAUCCCCCAAGAUGGAUAUCAUUCUUAUUUUAUGUCUAAUGAUGGCAUGCGGUGGAACUGCCAUGCCGCCCGAGAUGCCCAGAUACAACCAAUUGGGUAGACUAGGUCCACCAGGACCUAGCAGUAAGAGCAAUAUGACAAGCGAUAAAUACCCCAGACUGCGGACAGAGGAGACAACCUCGGCAACUUCGGUCUUCGAGUACUCUCUGUUGGGUCAGGACCCAAAGGAUCAGCACUGGUACCGCGUUAGUCUCACCCCAAAGGCUAACAACACAGCUUACAGGGCCCAGUUCGCCACUCGUAAGCAUCCGCCCUUUGAUGAGAAGCUGGCCCACCGGCACGAUAAGACCAUUCAAGACUUGCUCAACUGGCUGGACCGUUCCGAAGAUCAGAAUCUCUGGCAAACUUACCGAGAUCUUCUGGAGUACCCGUCACUGGAAGUACAGUCAGCACAAAAUGACAACGGACUGGAAAGCAGCAGUAAGGAGCAGGUGCCAAAAAAAUUAUGCAACAGAGGCGAUCAUUUGUUGCUGGUGGGGGAUAAGGGAACUACCACUUCCACACGCCCGACUCCAAUCGAAGGUGAACUCAAGAGGAGAGAUGGCUUUGUGUACUUUGUGAAAGGUCUUAAGCCAUCUACAGAGCCUGUGGGUUAAUUCUGAAAAAUAGCUGUUUGUUAAUUAGUUCAAUUAAGUAAAUUAAUGGAACAUUCAAUACAUUCACCACUCUCUAUUAACUAUAUAUUUAUGUUACUCG